CCGGCUCCGCGCACCACCGCCCGUCCCUGCCAUGUCGGAGCGGCUCGGCAAACCCACCUGCCUCCUCGUUGCCAGCGCUGCCGCCGCGGGGGUGUCAGCCCAGUCCUUCCUGCAGUGUUUCACGCUGAGCAGCUCUGCCUUCAACCUGCAAGUUGCCACUCCCGGGGGCAAGUCGAUUGAUUUUGUGGAUGUGAAUGAGAGCAACAUGCGCUGGAUACAGGACUUCCGUAUGAAGUCAUAUGCAAGCCCUGCCAAGCUGGAGUCAAUUGAUGGUGCUAGAUACCAUGCACUGCUGAUUCCAAACUGCCCAGGGGCUACGACUGAUCUUGCAAACAGUGGGUACCUGGCAAAGAUAUUGCAGCACUUCUGCACAGAGAACAAGCCUAUCUGUGCUGUUGGACAUGGUGUUGCAGCUUUGUGUUGUGCCACCAAUGAGGAUAAAACCUGGGUAUUUCAGGGAUACAGCCUGACAGGGCCCUCUGUGUAUGAACUAAUAAGGCAGCCUAAUUUUGCCAGUUUGCCCAUUAUUGUGGAAGACUUUGUGAAAGAUUCUGGAGCUACGUUUAGCGCCAGCCAACCAGAUUCUGUACACGUUGUGCUGGACAGGCACUUGGUGACAGGACAGAAUGAAAAUUCCACCCUUCCAGCUGUCCAGAAUCUUCUUAUUCUUUGCAAUGUCAGGUGAAUGUGUGUUAGAAGUCCUUUCCUGGAUGUGGACUAACAGGUGAUGUCAUGUUUGGAUGUGUUUCAUUCAGCAGGAAAUAAAGGAGAAGGUCUCUUUGCAAAUAGGAUGGACGAAGAGCCAGCAGGCUAAGGACUCACUUGACUUUUAACUGGAUAAAACGUGUUUAAAUUUCUAUCCUGGACUAUGAAGUGACUGUGAUGUUGAAGUGGCAGUAUUAGGUUCUCUGUAUACAGAAUGGAGGAAUGUUGUGGGUAAGAGAAUUUGGAAGUGCAUCAUGCUUCAAAGCAAUUAUGAAACCACCUUGUUUGUUACUGCAUCUUCACUGCUCUCCAGACCCUUACCUUACAGUGAUAACUGGUGGUACCAGCAACUUACCUGUUUAAAACAAAGAACAAAAAAUCAGUGGCUAUGAAUAUUGUUCAUUGAGGAUGAAGACAGUGUUCUUGGCUGACAUCAUACCAAUCAUCAUUUCUAGUUCAAACACAAGAAUCUUCACACGGAUGUGUCCUUUCAGAGGUGUUCUUAACCUUCCUUCCUUUUUCAGUUACUGUCUGAAUUCAGAAUGCAUCUGUGACACUUCAGUAUGCUUGGAACAGGAUGGAAAAUGCUGAGCUGUGUGCAAUAAAGCAGGAUCAGUUGUCUGAAGAUGUUUCACUGUGGUGCUGCUGCUGGCAUGACGUGCCCUUGUUUUCCUCUUGCAUGUUCACAUGAAUGGUCUACAGUUUAAAAUUAUCUUUAAAUUGCCUUCUGUUUGGUUAGCUGCUGUGCUUUGUGGUGUUUGUGUCACCAUUGUUGUUUCUCUCUGGCAAGUAUGUUGCAAUUGUCUUGCUGAAAUCUUAUGGACAAAAGAAAAGACGUAGUGGAUAGCAUGGAUCAGUCUUGUGAAGAACUGUAAGAUAAAAUCUGACUUUCUGCGUAUCA